UCCCUCUCUGUUUGUUUCUCUGUGUUCGUUCACCUGCUAUGGAUCUACUGCAAACUGGGAGGGAAUUAAUUAUGAUCAUACUUGCAGCUGACUGAUAUCUGCUUAUUGCCUUCAAAGUGGAUUUUCAAGACAAGGUGGACUCCUUCAGUAUGCUGAACCAUCCUCCCUGUCCCACAUACCGUUUGGUUUCCCUUCUGUCUUUGAUGUUUCUUUGGAACCAGGCAAUCUGCUCUCCUGGGGAAGGAAGGAGCAUCUGGCAGCGACCUAAAUCGAACCCCAUUAUUAAAGAGCAGCUUUUUCUUGAGGAGACGUUCCCCCAAGAGUUCCUGUGGGGCUCUGGAACGUCGGCCUUUCAAACUGAAGGAGCCUGGAACCAGGAUGGGAAAGGCGUCUCUAUUUGGGACUAUUUCACUCACUCCUCUGACAGUGAGACAGCAGAUGUGGCAAGUGACAGCUACAACUACUGGGAAGAAGACGUGGCGGCACUUGGAUACCUAGGUGUAAGAUCAUACUCAUUCUCCCUCUCCUGGCCCAGACUUUUCCCUGAUGGUAACGCCACUGGAGAGCCAAAUGCAGCUGCUGUGGACCACUAUAGCCGCCUCAUGGAGAGGCUCCUGGAGAAGAAAGUCGAACCUAUUGUAACUCUCUAUCACUGGGACCUGCCACAGGUGUUCCAGGAUCAAUAUGGAGGAUGGAAAAACGACACGUUAGUUGAACAUUUUAAGGAAUACGCAGAGUUUUGUUUCAAAACAUUUGGGAAAUAUGUCAAAUAUUGGCUUACAAUCCACAACCCCUACUUAGUGGCUAUGCAGGGAUACGGGACAGGCCUGCAUGCUCCUGGAGAAAAAGGGGGGAUCUCUAGCACUCUAACAGUAGCCCACAACCUGAUCAGGGCACACGCCAAAGCAUGGCAGACCUACAACACUCACUUCCGCCAAGCUCAGAACGGUAAAGUAUCCAUUGUUUUAGGUUCCCAUUGGGUUGAACCUCACAGGGGCCAGUACACAGCCACCAACGCUGCACUAUGUCAGCAGUCCAUGGAGGCCGUUCUUGGAUGGUUCGCCAAGCCCAUCUUUGGUGAUGGGGACUAUCCAGUCUCCCUGAAAACAAAACAUGCAGCCCUAAUGCCUAUAUUCACCCCAGAGGAGAAGCUGUGGGUGCAGAAAACAGCAGACUUUUUUGCUCUGUCGUUUGGGCCAAACAAUAUCCGUCUAGGCCAAAGCGUGAUACGCUAUGGGCAAAGCAUCACUGCAGACCUGAGACGCCUCCUGAGCUGGAUAAAACUGGAAUAUGGCAACCUGAAGGUGCUUGUCGCGGAGGCAGGCUGGUUCUCCAACGCCAGUGUCGGAAGAGAAGAUACACUUGCCAUCUAUUCAAUGAAAAACUUUAUUCACCAAGUACUACAGGCUAUCAAGUUUGAUGGUGUACAGGUGUUUGGCUACUUAGCCUGGUCAUUGGUGGAUGGAUUUGAGUGGAAUUAUGGCUAUGGUGUAAGAAGAGGUCUUUUCUACAUUGACUUUAAACAGCCAAACAGAACAAGGCUCCCAAAGACAACAGCUCAAUACUUUAAGCAAAUUGUUGCAAGCAAUGGUUUUCCAAAUGAUGAAACCUCUCUGGAUGUUAAGGGCCAAUUCCCUUGCAAAUUUCAUUGGGGAAUUGCAGGCUCUACACUGCAGGUCCAGUUUCACCCUUUUUCCCCGCAGUUUUCUGACCCACAUGUAUAUACCUGGAACUUGACAGGAGACGGUUCGCUGCGUCCAGUUCCCGGGUUGAAGCUGAACACCAGGCCAGCCCAGUGCACAGAUUAUCUGGCUAUCCGCAACCAUCUUCGCCUGUUAGCAUCCACCGGGGCAUCUCAUUACAGCUUCGCUCUUAACUGGUCUCUGAUUUUACCCGAGGGAGGUCGCUCGAAUGUAAACACUGAAGCACUGAGGUACUAUCGCUGUGUGCUGACAGAGCUCAAGAGGCUAAACAUGGAAGCAAUGGUCAUCUUGUACUACCCGUCACACAGAGCUCCAAACCUGGGUUUGCCAGGGCCGCUGCAUGAUUCUGGGGGUUGGAUAAAUAACGCCACAAUAGAAGCAUUUCUAGAAUAUGCAGCACUUUGCUACCAGGAACUGGGUUCCUGGGUUCAAUAUUGGAUUACCAUAAAUGAGCCAAACAGACUUAUAGAUGUUUAUUCCAAUGUCACACAGAGGCACCAAGCAGCUCAUAACUUGCUUCUAGCCCAUGCCAAAGCCUGGAGGUUACAUGAGAGGGAGUUUUCUGCUGAGCAGAAAGUGCUGGUGUCUCUCGCUCUACAUGCUGACUGGGCUAAGCCGGCUAACCCUUUCCUGGAGUCACAUACGGUGGCAGCAGAAAGAUUUCUUUUGUUUGAGAUUGGACGCUUCUUGGAUCCACUGCUUGGGACAAAAGAUGAAGAGACGAAGGGGAAAUACCCCCAUGAAAUGAAGGUAUACCUAGAAGAAAGAGCAAGAGUGUCUGGCCUUCCCGGAUCGCCUCUUCCUCAUUUUACUGAGAAUGAAAGACAUGAACUUAAGGGGGCAUUGAGUUUUAUUGCCCUGAAUCAUUUCACAACACGUUUAGUUGCUCCAAAUCCUCACACACAACAAACCCCCCAGAAGGAAUCAGCACCUGAUCAUGACUGUGUGAUUCUCUCAGACUCCACCUGGCCUACCUCCAGCAGAGGUCAGGCUCUGGUACCCUGGGGCUUAAGAAAGAUGCUGAAAUGGGUGAAUCAAAGGUAUGGUACAGCUUUGCCUGUCAUUGUCACAGCCAGUGGGAUUGAUGACCAAGCUUCUGUUGAGGAUAAACUCAGGCAGUAUUAUCUGCAGAGCUAUGUCCACGAGGCCCUCAAAGCUUAUCAUCUUGAUGGUGUAAACUUGCAAGGCUUCUAUGUGUUGAGGCUUCAAGAUCGUCAUGACCCUGAGUUUGGUCUCUUCACUUCAACUCAUCACCAAUCCAAAGCCAAGAACUCUGUUGCUUUGUACAGAGAAAUCAUAGCUAACAGGGGUUCUCCUAACAAUAGCACAACCCAGACAUGCAGACCCACUGAGCAGCAGGAAAUAUGUCAGAUGUGUGAGUGGAUGUUCAACAACAAACCGAUGCUGGUUUUUUGGGGCUGCCUCCUUAUAACAUUUACCAUGCUAGCUGCAUUGGUCGUUUUUGUUGUCAUUAAUAAGAGAAAUCAAAGGUAUGACAGAGGGAAGAGGAAGAGGAGAGGGAACCAAAAGAGAAAAAACAAAGCAACAGCAUAUGGUUUAUGUCCUGCUGUCAGGUACUAACAGUAGUAAGGACUGAAUUGUUAACAUGUAGAAGAAAAAAGGCAAAAUAAAAUGCAUGUUUCUCUCUUUAGUUUUCUUUCAGUGACAAAUGAGUUUACAGACAAUAUAUGUCACAAAAAUGUCAUAAUAAAUGGUCUUAAAAGGAGGUAAAACAACCCUCUCUUAACAUUUUGCAUUUAGUCAGUUUGAAUGAGGUAG